AUGUCAGAAAAGGUUAAACCUUGUGAAAUCGUAGUUACACGCGGAGUACUAUCUGGCGAAGUGGUUAGUGGUGGUGCAGUGUCUUUUGCGGUCGGUGGUGUUGCUGUUGUAUCUGGUGCAGCUGCUGAUGGUGUAGCUGUAUCUGGUGUAGCUGUUGGUGGUGCUAUUGUGUCUGGUGCAGCUGGUGAUGGUUCUGUGGUAUCCGGUGCAGCUGUUGCUGCUGCUGUUGCUGGUGCUGCUGCUGAUGUGCCUGGGUCUGCUGUAGUAUCUGGUGUAGCUGUUGCAGCUGGUGUUGUAUCUGGUGCAGUUUUUGGUGCUGCUGUUGUAUCUGGUGCAGCUGUUUGUGCUGCUGGUGUAUCUGGUGCAGUUGUUAAUGCUACUGUUGCAUCUGGCAUACCUGUUGGUGUUGCUGUUUUAUCGGGUGCAGCUGUUGGUGCUGCUGUUGUGUUUGGUGCAGGUGUUGGUGCUACUGUUGAAUCUGGUGCAGCCGUUGCUGCGGUUGUUAUAUCUCGUGUAGCCGUUGGUGGUGGAAUUGUAUCUGGUAAUGCGGUUGCAGCCGUUGGUAGUGGAGUUGUAUCUGGUGCAGCCGUUGGUGGUGGAGUUGUAUCUGGUGCAGCCGUUGGCGGUAGAGUUGUAUCUGGUGCAGCCGUUGGUGGUGGAGUUGUAUCUGGUGCAGCCGUUGGUGGUGGAGUUGUAUCUGGUGCAGCCGUUGGCGGUAGAGUUGUAUCUGGUGCAGCCGAUGGUGGUGGAGUGGUAUCUGGUGCAGCCGUUGGUGGUGGAGCUGUAUCUGGUGCAGCCGUUGGCGGUAGAGUUGUACCUGGUGCAGCCGUUGGCGGUAGAGUUGUAUCUGGUGCAGCCGUUGGUGGUGGAGUUGUAUCUGGUGCAGCAUUCGAGGAUGAUGCUGUAUUUGCUGUAGGUGCUGAUGGUGUUGUUGCUCCUAGUAGAGUAGUUACAAAAUCUGUAGUUACUAACAAAAGAACUUAUAAAUACUAG